UCACUCUGUGAAGGAGAUAGCAGCAACAAGGCUGGAAGGCUGGUGGAAACACAGAAAGCUUAAGAGGAAGCCGGGACUGCAGAGAUUUUAAGCCUGCUGUAUUAUCUUCCUCAUCCUAAAAAAUAAUUGGAGUUGCUGUGGGCACUUAUCAACUGACAUUUUGGCAAUCACACUUUUAUCAAAUAGCAAGGAUUGUAUACCCUUUUUUGUAAAGGAAGGACAAGCUCCGACAGAACUCUGAAUCCAAAGGAAAAAUCUUUCAGCUGUAUUUAAACUGGCAAGCAGCAGAAGGCAGAGAAGUCCCGAAAGCCUCAUCAGUCAUUGACACUGUCAGGAAUAGUGGUUUAAGAGGAAGAAGGGCCUGGGGCACUACACGCUGUCAGCGAGUUCCCUGCAUCGGAGAUAAAGAUUCCAUCUACAUGGGCAAACGUUUGGAACAGCAGCCAAUGUACCCUCAGUACACUUACUAUUACCCUCAUUACCUCCACACAAAGCAAUCCUAUGCACCAGCUCCUCACCCUAUGGCUCCUCCCAGUCCGAGCACAAACAGCAGCAACAACAGCAGCAACAACAGCAGCGGUGAGCAGCUGAGUAAGACAAAUCUGUACAUUAGGGGUCUGCCACCAGGCACCACCGACCAGGAUCUCAUCAAGCUCUGCCAACCGUAUGGAAAGAUAGUAUCGACAAAGGCCAUCCUAGACAAAAACACCAACCAGUGCAAAGGCUAUGGCUUCGUAGAUUUUGACAGCCCAGCAGCUGCACAGAAGGCAGUGGCAUCUCUCAAAGCCAGUGGAGUACAGGCCCAGAUGGCAAAGCAGCAGGAACAGGACCCAACCAACCUGUAUAUCUCAAAUCUGCCCAUAUCCAUGGAUGAGCAGGAACUAGAGAACAUGCUGAAGCCUUUUGGUCAUGUGAUCUCCACAAGAAUAUUAAGAGAUGCAAAUGGAGUAAGCCGAGGGGUGGGAUUUGCCAGAAUGGAGUCCACUGAGAAAUGUGAAGUAGUAAUUCAACAUUUUAAUGGAAAAUAUCUGAAAAUGCCACCAGGUGUACCAGCCCCCAGUGAGCCUUUGCUGUGCAAAUUUGCUGAUGGAGGGCAGAAGAAAAGACAGAAUCAAAGCAAAUAUACACAAAAUGGAAGGCCGUGGCCCAGAGAAGGAGAGACUGGAAUGGCUUUAACCUAUGAUCCGACCGCUGCUAUGCAGAACGGUUUUUAUUCUUCACCAUACAGUAUUGCAACAAAUCGUAUGAUUGCACAGACAUCUAUCACACCUUUCAUUGCUGCUUCUCCUGUAUCAACAUAUCAGGUCCAGAGUACAUCAUGGAUGCCUCAUCAACCAUAUGUUAUGCAACCAGCCGGUGCUGUGAUAACGCCCACAAUGGACCACACCAUGUCCAUGCAGCCAGCCAGUAUGAUGGGACCUUUGACUCAGCAGAUGAAUCACCUGUCACUGGGCACAGCAGGAACAUACAUGACUGCUGCAGCACCUAUGCAAGGGACCUACAUUCCCCAGUACACUCCUGUGCCUCCAGCAGCUGUCCCUGUUGAAGUUCACUUUGAUUUGUGCACUAUACCCUGGGCUGACUGGGGUGUUGUUGCUGAUACCUCCCCACAGACGGUCGCACCUUCAUCACAGGAAGCCAGUGGCCAACAACAACAGAUACCAGUGGAAACGACCAAUGAUCAUGCACCUACCUAUUCUUACCAACAAGCUAAACAGUAAACAGGACUGAAAACAGGAAUCAUGAGCUGAAAAUUGCCUUGAACCAGGAAACUUCAGUGAAUAUGAAGGUGGCUUCCAGUUUGCACAGGCGUCGAAUGAAUGCUUUUUAUUUCCUACCUUACCUGACAAAAAAAGUGUUUUUAUGUGCUGUGCAAAUGGUUCAGUGAUGUAGUCUGACAGUUUAAUUUUGCUAUAAAAGCUUAUUUUUAAAAGAGAAAGAAAAUCCCAUAAAAGGGAAUUGUUUUGACUUUUCAUUCAGAUGAACAGGUAAAAAUAUAAAUGAUUUGUAUGUUCAGAUAGACUUAGAACUGUAAGACUGACAAGUUUGGAAGAGGAAGGAAGCUGCAGUGUUUUAGGAAAGUUUAAUGGUCUUCCUCUGAUAUUAAGCUACUCUUUUUUUCAUGUCUUUUAUUAAUUUGUAGGUUUUUCAGAAACGUUUAGCUAAGAUUUAUCUUGACUCUUAAUUGCCUUAAUUUUGAAGACGUCAGGCUCUCAAAGCCAGCUGUCAACAUUGCGUUAGAAAUUCUAGAUUGAAAUUAUGUGCUUGGACCAAGUGGUUGGUGCAAGAAUUUGAUAAAAGCUUAACUUUAUAGGGAGGUAAAUGCUAAUAAGCUGUACAGGUUAAAACAAAAAAAAACAAAAAAAUGUGCUUGUCUUCUUUUGCAGAAGAACAUGGUUUUAUUGAUAAAGAACAAGGACAACUGACAAAAUCUAAAAAAAUUGCUAAGACUUUUAAUGAAUUUUGUCUUAAAGCAGUGGAAACUGACAAUUUGCAGAAGGCUGAAGCGUUUUGCGAUUUGAAAAAAAAGUGACUGCAUUGUACAAAAUGCAGUUUAUCGCUUAAGGCAGAUUGUUUUAUUUACAAAGCAUAAUUGCUAGCAGCAGAAUUAGUGCUUUAUAUUUGCAAUCUUUUUUAUUAGCUUAAAAUGUUUUUAGUCUGCUUUGCUUGUCACCUUGCAGAUGCAAGCUAAAGAGUAAAAGGUGCGAACUAGAUAGAUAGGAGCUUAUGGUUAAAAAGAAAUCAAAGCAAAAGCAAUAGAUUGAAGAAAUUGUGGACAAUUUCUGUAGUCUUUAAUUUUCAUAGUUGUGGAUCAAAUGCAGCCUAAGGAUGGCCUAUUUUAUACCAAAGAUGAAGUGACACCCUAAAGCAGUCAAGAAGCUAGAGAUUUUUUCUGUUGUUUUUUAAAUCUUUAUUUGACCUACAUGGCCGGACCAGUUCUUACUUUACUUUCUUUAAACUUUUCUUCCACUGGUUACUCUCUAAUAACUCAUACACAGUAAGAAUGUUUAUCUACAAAUAUUGGUGGUGCACUGGUAUUGGGGGAAAAGAAAUCCAUGUACAUCGAAAGAAGGAAUAAUUUUGUAAAAUAUCAAUUUUUUUUCUGUCCUGACUUUGGCCUUAACACGUGUUUGUAAAUGUGCAUUAUGUGUUUAUCUUUGCAAAGUGUAUUACUUUUUCAGUCUUCCUUCAUACUUUAUGCAUCUGGAUAGCCCAUUUAUCUACCUCAGUCUAUGCCAUCUCCUAGUGUGCUGAGCAGCUGUUAUCCAGCAUUUUGCAAAGCUUCAAUUUUUUCUCCCUUUUUUAUGUGCCCAGCGUUUCUUGUGUGCAGAUUGCCUCAACAGGACAUUGAUGAGAUGUACAGGUACACAUCAGGUCAUGAGCAGUCUAGAAAUAGUGGCUAUAUGCCGAGGCUUAGACAUUUUGUUAAAAUUAAUCCUGCACUCAAUGGCAGCAGGUAGGACAGCCACUGCCCCAGUGACAAGCCACUUUUAUACUCUACUAAAAUCAAAACCUGAUAGUAAAAUGUUCAAAUAUGCUUUCUUUAUAAGUCAAAGGAAUUAUUUUGCUGGAGUUAUAUUGAUAGUAUGUGUACUGUCAAAUCAAGCAGAUCAUGGACUCCAUUUUGGGGUCCAGACAAGAAAUGACACCAUUUUAGUGGUGGAAAAAAUGUCUCUGUGUCUUCGAUAUUUGUUUGUGUUGUAGCACAACACAAAUAUACUGUGUAAAAUACAGAGUUGUGUUUCCCAUUCUGAAAGGUAAAUACUGCAACAUGCCACUGCUGUCAUUUAGUACUACAGUCGCUACUUCAUUCAUUUCAUGGCCGUGUUCCCAAUGGAAUGUUAUGGUAAAGAAGACAGGGAGCAAUAUUGGGUAAAGACUGGUUCUGAUUAUUUACAUUCUAAAUGUGAUAAAUUAUAUAAAAAUGACCCUUUUCCUUCUGAUUUAGAGAAAUGAAAGAUAUUGCUGACAAUCAGGGAUUACAAGUAAGGGGUGAAAAUCAGGAGGGCAAGGGUUGAAGUGUUGGCAUAUGUGACUAAUGUACUUGAAAUGGGGCUUAGGACAUAUUAACCAAUGAACAUAACCAAAAGAAAAUGUCCUGUAAUGACCAACAAGCAAUUCGCCUCCUCUCUAAAGACACAAUUGAUGUGGCAGCUCUUACCACAGGUCUGGAAUACUGUUCAUGGGACUGUAUCUUUUUGUGUCAGCCUAUCUGAGAUGGAUUUCAAUCAUAUUUCUAAUUCAAUCUAUGUUAUGUACAUUUUAAACCAUAGCUCAGUCUCUUCAGAAUGCCCAGAGAGUAAUUUCUCAGAAAAGUGAGUUUAAAAAGUCUUAUUUUUUUAUGGCUUGUUGAAUAGUUCCCAGUUUUUUUUUGUUUACGUUUCAAAGUUUAAGUCUGAUUCAAUUAAUAUUUUUCAAAAUUCUUGUAAGAUAGAUGAAAUAUUUGGAAAGUAAAUAAUAUGUAGUUUUGUUUCAAUAAUUCCCAAUAUUUAACCAACAGAAGGGAUACUAUGGGGACAAAAUUGGAUCUUGUUUUACUCAUUUCUUGGCAAGGUACAAUUUUGUAGAGCUAUGUCAAGCAUCGUAUUGGCUUGGGUAAUAUUAAGGCUUCUCCGGCAGCCACCUUAAACUGGCUCUCGGCCCCUUGCAUAUACUAGUGAGAUGCCAUAUGCCUGUUUAAAGAAUCCUCUCCAAAAUUGGUUGGAUACCAAGCAGAGCAUAAGUCAGCAUAUUGUGCUCAGUUAAACUAUUCCAUCUGUGGCCUAACCAACGAUCCUUAAAGGAGAGUGCAGGAGAUCACCAUCAGACAGAGUUGGUUGGCUCUGCAGUAAUUUUGUGGACGGCAGCCAGCCCAUAUCUGGGACCCUCUCAUUUAUCAACCCUUCCCCCAAGCCAGAAUUACUGGAGAGCUACAUUUGCUAGCUCAGAUUGGUGCAGUGAGCUUCCUCAGUAGGCCCAACAAUUUCCUGCAGCUCACUCUAAUUAUUUAAAAGAGGCCCAAGGUACAACGUAAAAUGAGCCUCGGGUUUCCGGCUGCUGGCUUGCACUGAGGACAUGCUGACCAUUUCAGGCCCAAACAAAUUUCUCUUCAUACCUUUAAAGAAGGUAAUGUUUAAUAUUUCAAAGAUCUGUAAUUUUGUUUUCAUGGAAAUUGCAUAAGCCUUGUGUAGAAUUCUUGCAGAUAUAGAAGUGCAUAUCAUAUUUUCACAAUAGGAAUUGGAUUCUUAAUUCUCCCAUUUUCUGAUAUACUAGCCGGAAUGACUGAGCUUACUGGGACCAUGCACCGCAUCACUGAAAUAUACAGGACUAAGUUCCAUACCUGUUCCAGAACAACAUCUUUCACAAAUCUUGUGUACUCCUAAACAAAUGUGGUUUUGCAGACGAGGGAUUAGAAGUUGAACCUUUGGGAGUUGGUCCUUUCUUUUCUGUGAUUAUCCAAUGGCCUUUCUUACCAUUAUUAAUCAAACUGACAAGGAUGUAAUUGCAACCUAAUGAGAUGGAAUGAGUGCAAUAUACAACUUAUCUCAUUUUUAAAAAUCCCCUUACUGAGUUGCUGUGAGGACCGCAGUAAUGUGCCAUUUCCUUCUGGAGAGACAUACUCCACUCAAGGAAUGAGUUAGAAUUCAUCUUUAUUGGACAGUGAGCCUGUGGCAAUCUAUUUCCCAAUCAUUUUAAUCAAGGAUCCAUAUUAGAUGUGGCUCCAUCGAUUUUAAUUGUCCCAAAGUGUACAUUUCUAGGUUGAAGGAUCACCUUUUGAUAUUGACGUUUAAGAUACUUAAUUGAUGCAUAACUUCUGUUCAACUGACAAUACCUGUGGUCAUUGCUUGAGGGGUAUCCCAAGGGUGGCCUAUUUAGACAUGUCUAUACUGUAUAUAUUAAUACAGUAUUAGCAAUUCCCUUUAAAAAAAUCAUUGGCUUUUGGUGAAUCAGAGUGGUACUUUUGUUUGAAUUUCCAAAUAUGGAUGUGUGAUAUAUCAUAGUGCUGCUAACCAAUCAUGAAAUUUUAUUUUAAAGUGUGUGCGUAUAUGUGUGUAUGCGAGAGAGACACUAUUGCCUUUCUGAGGCACUUCAAAGCACUUAUCCCUGAAUUUGUAUCUAAUUAGUAUAGAGAUAUUUGUAUUGUUAUUGGUAUCCUUGUUUUUCAUCAAUGCAAAGAGAAUACAAAUCACAAAAAGGAAUGCUAAUAAGAAACUAUAUUGCUUUAAACAAUUUGCACACAAGACAUGCACAUCAAAUUAGCUUUAAAAUUUUUGUUUGCUCUGGCAGUUUCUAUCCAGUGUUAUCAUGGGGUCAUUUUCUGCAAACAAACCUCCAGUUGCAGUGUCAAUGUUACAUCCACAGAAAGCUAUUAAUAGCAAAACACUAACGUUUCUGAAGGGAAACUCCCAUCCAAGUUGCCUUUUAGUUAAUAACCGAAGUGCCCAGUGAUGGUUAGUUUUCAAACCACAGAGAACAAUAUUUGACUGAUACAAAUAUGAUCUCGGGUUUGGGCUUGACUUUUGGCUCAAAGAACCUUAAGCCAGACUUCUGUGCUUUUGCCCAGGCUCAGGGUUUAGUCCUUUGAAACAUUUCAAAAUUGACUUGGCGUGUUUGACAGAACCAAGUGACUCCCGAGAAGGCUCACAUUUCUGUAACGAAGGAUGUGGUAAAUCACUGGAAUGUGAAAAAUUCACUUCCUAUUGUGGGUGUAAUAUCAACACUGAGUAUCAUGCUGUGGCAUCAGAUUACUGGAGAAGGUCCCAGUUUGAAAUCCUUCAAGAGGGUACAUUGACAUACCAGUUGAUAACCAAGCUACAUUAUUAUGUGCAGAUGUUGAGAUUGUUCUGUGUAUCAAUUCAGAUCUAUGCUGCUUUGUUCAGACACAAAGGUUUUCAUCAUUUAUAACCUCACAAGAUAAAUGUUUUUCUGUCUUUUUUUAAAUUUUGUCAGACAUAGUUCAAUCCAAAACAGCAUUUAACCUCCGAGUUCAAUGGAUUUAAAAAAAAAUAAAGUGAUGACAUUUCUACAUAACAAUUUCAACAAAAUCUGUUGCUUGUUCUAAAUCUAAAUUCAGAGUGGCAUGUCUUUGUUUCAAAUAUAGCAAAUGGAUGGCAUUAUUUGACUCAAGUACAAAUAAUGGAUCAUUGUUGUUUGGUUAUUAAUUGUCAAAUAUUGUGGGAAUUUCUCAAUUAGCUAUCAAUUAUAGGGAAACUAAUGCAACACAUAUUCUUCAGAAAGAAUCUGAACAGUGUUGAAACUACAAAUAUUGUUCUAAAUUGACCUAUGAAUAAGUCAAUAAUAGUUUGACAGGCAAGAUAAAACGUCUGUCAGGACUACCAAUAAAUAGGAAAAGUCCUUGCUGCAGAAGCGAGCUACAGAGAUGUUCCACUUCAGAGCCACCACCUGAGUAAGUAAUGGUCCCACAGUCCAUGGACAUAUAGCCAAACAAAGAAAACAGAAAAAUAGCCAGUAAUCAAACAUCCAAAGUCCAACUAGUAUGUUUGAAUAUUGCUCCUUAUCAUGUAGGAAAAAACUAUAGAACUUGGAGUGUUAAAUGCCAUUUCCUUCUGUCUGAUACUAUUUUUUUUCAUUUGUUACGAACCUGCACAGGGAAACUCUGUAACCUGGUCCUGGACCAGCAUUGUUUCACCAGUCAUUAAAUUAUGAAACUUUUUUUUAAUUUAUGAAGACCUUAUUUUGUACAGUUCUUUUCAUUUAAGAAAAACUCAUAGAGAUGUCUAUAAGAUCAAGAAAGUUAAUUUUUUAAAUUUAUGUUUCAGUUGUGCCACAGACAUGCUGGGCAUCACUUUGUCUGGCAGUUCUUUCAUUAUCUGUUUGCUCCUGGAAAUUUAUGUAGAUCAGUGGAUGUUAGGUUUAAAAUUCUGUUUUCUUUGAAGAAGCUUUCAAUAAAAAAGAAAUCUUAAAAAAAAAAAA